ACGCCCACUAAUAUGCCUCUACGAAGUUUGAUCUUGUUCUAGUCGUAGAACAUUUUAUUCUAGUUGUAGAAUAACCGCUGAGCUGUUUUUGAGACAGAUCUUUUUUUUUUUUUACUUAGGUGUCGUUCGUGUGAAAUAACUUUUUAGUUUUCAAUCUCUUAAAGUCAAACACUCAAACACAAGAGCCGUAUUGUUUAGGCUGAGAGGCAGGCUACGAAAUGGACAGAUAUGAUCUGAGUGGCAGACGUGCAGCCGUGAUCAUGUGCGGUGGGGGAAGACCGGGCUCUGAGUACGAUGUUGACAGAAUAAAGGAGCUCUACAAACAGAAUAAGUUUCCUGAACCUAGUUAUAGUGUUACAUGCAAAACUAAAGAGGACGUAACUGAUGCACUGAAGUCAUUUCGAAACAACCUGAGCGAUGACGUCAGUUGCCUCGCAAUGUUCAUCAUGGCCCAUGGUGGACUUGGACACAUUGAAGUCAAUGACGAAGAGAUUCUAGAUCUAGAAGAUAUCUACAAGAUGUUUAGCAACAGCCAGUGUCCAGCCCUCCGUGAGAAACCCAAGCUCUUUGUUGUGCAGGCCUGUAGGGGAGUGAAGGGACGUCCUAAAGACCUUUACACAGACGGAGGUAGAUCUUCAGGCGCUGUAUCAAAAAAGUUGCUCCCCACGGAGUCUGACUCCAUGGAAGUGUAUGCAGUGCCUCCAGGAAAACUUGCCAUCAGACACCCGGACAGAGGAUGCCCAUUGUUUGAAGAGAUGCAUAAGGUGUUUACGAAGGAUUCAGUAGCUACCCGUGAUGUGUAUGAACUCUUCACAGAGGUGAACCAACGUCUGGGUCAGAGGAAGGACCGUAGAAAGGACGGAUACGAACAUGAUUUCCAGCCAACACCCAGAGUCAUCAAGAGAAACCUACAGCCAGUAGAUACAGAUGAUUCAUCUGAUGACAUAGGGCGUUCUCUUCAUAUUGUGAACAAUCUGACCAAGAAGUUGUAUCUCUGAUAGGGAGAUGGGAGGAGGUACAGUAAGAGGAGGAGGGGGGUGAGGGUUAAAAGCACACUCUGAGUGUUGUAUAUCUGAUAGGGAGAUGGGAGGAGGUACAGUAAGAGGAGGAGGGGGGUGAGGGUUAAAAGCACACUCUGAGUGUUGUAUAUCUGGGUUCAAAGGGACAUUCAAUUUUAAAAUUGCAAGAUUGACGUCAGUUUGUGUUGAUGUAUGGCCACUACCAGUGAAAAUAUUGAAAAUAAUCAACCUGGGUUUUCCAAAAGUAUCUUAAGUCCAUGUUCAUCUUAAGUCGUGUUCACGUUGGCAGUUUGAAGCGACUAAAAUCCUUCUGUUCUUUUUCCUGCAGUCUGAACAGCCAAAAAAGCACAUGACAUCAGAUAUUUCAGCCACAUACUGAUUUAUGGCCAUGAAUGUAUAACAUAUAUGUGUAAAUGUAUUAAUUAUCCUAACCUGCUACGUUAAUUCUCCUAAACUGCUACGUUAAUUCUCCUAACCUGCUACGUUAAUUCUCCUAACCUGCUACGUUAAUUCUCCUAACCUGCUACGUUAAUUCUCCUAACCUGCUACGUUAAUUCUCCUAACCUGCUACGUUAAUUCUCCUAACCUGCUACGUUAAUUCUCCUAACCUGCUACGUUAAUUCUCCUAACCUGCUACGUUAAUUCUCCUAACCUGCUACGUUAAUUCUCCUAACCUGCUACGUUAAUUCUCCUAAACUGCUACGUUAAUUCUCCUAACCUGCUACGUUAAUUCUCCUAACCUGCUACGUUAAUUCUCCUAAACUGCUACGUUAAUUCUCCUAACCUGCUACGUUAAUUCUCCUAACCUGCUACGUUAAUUCUCCUAACCUGCUACGUUAAUUCUCCUAAACUGCUACGUUAAUUCUCCUAACCUGCUACGUUAAUUCUCCUAAACUGCUACGUUAAUUCUCCUAACCUGCUAUGUAAACAAUAAACCGACCCGCGGUGCACCUGGCUAUGUCCGGUCUCACCAAUAACGCAGCGUUGAUGUUACACCCAUACCAACGUCCAUCUUCAGACACACUCCACGCAUGCAGUUACGGUUGCCCAAGCCUCUCUCUAUGAUUAUGCGCUAUGAUUAUGCGCUAUGAUUAUGUGCUAUGAUUAUGCGCUAACGUUACUUCGUAGGCACUGAGAGUAUGAAUAGUUUUCUUAGGGAAAUCGUUAUUCGUUAUUCUUGCACAGCAUGUUAACGUUUAAAAUCAUAGUAUUGUUUGCAUACUCACCGGGAUCGGCUCCUAACACCAGCCACACGACACGAUAAAAGGCACACACAAAAAAAUGACACCAACAGAAUUUGUCCGAGCCUACGGCCGUAUUUAAUCCGCCGCCCCACACCCUGUCACACUGAACGAGCAAAGACAACAGGUGUUUGUGCCGAAAAUCUCCCCCCCCCCCCCCCCUUCGCGUUCUACAUUGCUGCGACUUGCUUGCUAGUUGAGAUGUCUACUCUUCACUCCGUUGUCAGUUCAGCCUACAUUUCACUGAUCUUAGUAGCAGAAAGCAUCUUUGUCUGCAGUUUUCGGUUUGGCUAUUUGUUUCAAGCGUAUGCGGCGGUUCUUGCUUGUAGUAUAGCGCCCACCCGCACACGGGGGCGCAGUAUGCCGCUCUGGGUAGCUGCCCAUGUCGCCCGUAUCUAAAUCCCCUACUGAUUUCUAUUAGACUACUAAUAAAUCUCUUUGACAAAAUGUGUCAUACAUCCCAUGUCUUAUUCGACUAGUAUUUUUGAAAGAGUAAGGAUAAUAAUUCAGUCAUGGUUGUUCUGAAAGAUUUAUUGUUUGCCAACAUUUAACUCUCUCUUCUAUAUAACACACAUACAAUAAUUAUUCAUUUCGGUUGCUUAUCCUGAAGUUUGUUCUAUAGAACGUAUUUGACUCUAGCCACACAAUUAGGGAAAUUAGAAGGGGUUGAUACUUUAAAACACGAACCUAAAACCUCUAAUUCUCAUACAAUACAUCAUCACAGUUUUCAUUUUGAUGUUGCUAUCGAGAACCCGAGGCAUUAAUAACAAGUUAUUAUGUCUUAUCCAAACGCUUCUCAGCUAUAAGCGCUGCUAACCGGUGGUUGUUUUCUUGUUGUUUCUUCAGUAAAGGGUGAUGAAAACUAUAUAUUUUUAAAACAAAUAUAUACAUUAUUUUUCUGCAAACAGUUGGUCAAACUUCAUCUCUGUCUAUUGGUUGUUCCCAGAUGUGUUUAACAAGACUCUUCUUCUUUGGUAUCAUGUGAUUCACUCGUUAGUUUGUACAUGCUGCCACCUACUGUGUGGUAAUGUCUGGUCGAUCAUUUUACAUUUUGAAGUACAAAAAUAAAUAUCAAAAAAUGCA